UUGAAGUUGUUGGAAGGAUUUUAGAAAAAAGAAUUUACAUUCUACAUCUUCACAAGUUUGCUGCAAAAAAUUGAGACCUUGCCUGGUGCAUAUGAUUUGUUCAAACACAACUGCAACAACUUCAGUGACGAAGUGUCCCAGUUUUUGUGUGGCCACGGCAUCCCCAAGCAUAUCCUACAGCUUCCUGAUGAAGUGUUGAAUACGCCGCUGGGUCAGGUCCUGUCGCCCAUGCUGGCCUCCAUGCAAGUGACCGCCACUGACCCAGUGUCGGGCCAUUCUGCUGCGACGCAUGGACCCCAUCGCCAGCAACACCCCCCACCUUAUACUCCCAAGAAGACACAACAGAGAAGGGAUACUCAUAUUGAUUUACACUUGAGAGCACAUGUUUUCAAGGAAAGAAGUGUUUGUGAUAAAAAGUUCCUUUGUUUCACUUGGAGAAACACUGAAGACUGCCUUGAAGGACUUGGAGAUCAAAUCCACAGAUUCAAGAAAGUUAACUUUGCAAAUUUCAACAACAACUUGCAUAGCUAUAUCCCGUCUGAGGUGACAUCGCAUAGACACGACGACUCACCUGAAUUGGAGGAGCUGAAUAAUGCUAUAGAUCAGAUCAGACAAAACGGAAUCAUACUUGAAGAUCGCCGCCUACAGUCUGCUUCUCACUCCCGUCACAACUCAGAAGGAGAUAAUCCACAAGAGAUCUUGCCAGAUCCUCUACAGGAGGUAACUGAGUCUCUGGAAGGGCUCAACACAGGUAGAACUUCGGUUGAAAAUUCUAGCAGUGGGGAGAUUGUAUCAACAGAGCCAGAGCCUUUUGAGCGUCUUCCAUCUCCAGCAGCAGAGGUGCCACACCACAGUGAAGCAGCUGCUGUAGAAGGCACAAUGGCAGACUCUGCUCAAGAGGUACAGCCUGAGGAAGUCGCACCUGCUCAGGCCCCAGCCAGAGAGUCACCUCCCCAACAACCUGAACCAGAAGUAGAGCGUGAACCUCCUAUUGUCUUCAAGGAUGAACUGGAUUCAGAAGAUUCUGAUAUCAAUAACAAUUUGUCUGGUACCUCAACUAGAUCCACUCGUGUACCUACACCAGAACUUCCCCAAGACAUAUUCAUUGAAGAAGCAUCAAAUAAUUCUAAUACUUCCCCGUCCACACGUACAUACCACACACCUAUGAUUUCCCCAUCUCUUUCUCGCUCCUCAACAACAUGUUCUGACUUGUCAAUGUGCUCUUCGACAUCAGGGCUCUCAUUUGGCUCUUCCUACUAUAUUCUGUAUGUUGUGGAUCCAGUUGGCCGGGUCCCAACACCCCAGGAAUUGCCAUCAUCCCCAGAAAACUCACCUUCGCCCCCAUUACUAAGCCGGAGUAACUCAGUUACCUCCAUUGCUACAGUAGACACCAUGCGAACAGUAACUCCUGAUCAACAGUACUUUGAAGUUAAUAAUGCUGCAUUCAGACGUAUGCAUGGCAUUUCACGAGCAUCUUCAUAUGAGUCCUGUUUAAGUUGGAGAUCAAGAUCACAUUCACUCUCCUUUGAUUCUUGUUCAACACUGAAUUGUAAAUCACAGUCUCAAGGCCCUCCACCUCCUCAAUUUCUUUUGUCUCCAAUCCCCCAUUCACCACAGCCAACUCCAUCCCCUAAUCUAUAUCUUCCUUCCUGCGGCGAUUGCCCCGUGCCCCAUCAUCAAUUAGAUCCAUUUCCACUUUUGAAUUUGCCCCAUCAACCUGUUCCACAACCCCCCCACCACGUGGGGAAGAAUUCCUUGACCGACCCCCUCCACGGAUUCGCCCAUACCUCUUGGCGUCCCCCAACGGGAGUCUGCGUGGCUCACACGACUCGUUGGUGGUAUAUCGACCUGUGCCACGGUACAGUCCACACUGACCUUGGCUCCCCUGAGCCCCAGAGUGCCUUGCUCUGCUACCUGGGCCCUGCACGCCCGUACGAGCCACCAGUGGUCUACACCAGCGUUGUUGAGCAGGCACCAGCUGAAUUUGAGGGAUUAGCAUCCAGUGUUGGAAAUCUUCUCAGUCCUGAAGAAAAAGAACAUCUGAAUGAACUUCGUGCUUAUGUAGUAGAAGAUGAAGGAUCCUGGGCGCUUGGUGAAAACUUCAGUAUUCUGUUUAACCGAAUACUUCAUGAUCCAAGUGUGCCAGAUGAUGCACGUCUUCACCUUGUUCGACUUAUGGCUGCUGCUGCCCUUAAAGAUGAUGUUAUUUUGCUGCUACACCAGGACCGCAAAGACCACACAAUCAUGAAUUAUGCUAACAAGGUUGAAAGUCUGCCACCCAUUCACCAAGAAUCUUUAGCUCUCUUUUUCUGCAACAUGUUUGAGCACCUGAGUCCGUCGGAGUGGUUGCAUAUCAGUGAGUGGCAGGAUGGAGCUCAGCAGACCAGCAACAUCCGAGUUACUACAAAAGUUGCUGUUAAUGCUCUUCUACAUCAGAAUCAAAAGGUUCAAGAAUAUGGUACAGCCCUCAUGUACAACCUAGGUACGAAAGAGGUCAAAACUGUAGUCUUUGAUGAUGUUGCUCCUGAGCUGGCAAUGGCAAUUCUUCAGUACCUAAAUAGCCAUCCCCCUGAGGAGCUUUUAUGGAGAACAAUGACAGCUCUUUGCAGAUUCUGUUACUCCUCCACUGAAGUGCCAGCUCUGAUCAAAAUGAUUGGUCCCCCUCCUUCAGCCUUCAAAGGUGUCAGUGAACGGAUUGAUAACAUUAUUGAAGAAGUUGAUGCCAAACUUAGCCGUGUCAGAGAUUUCUAAAACUGUUUCAUUAAUAUUACUAUAUUUUGUAUUUUGAAAUAUAAUGCUGUUGUUGUAUACAGUGCAUGAACUUGUAAAUAAUUACGUAGAUGCUUUGUUAUUUUUGUGAUGAAUUAUCUCUCCAUCUGUUUAAGUCAAGUCCUUUUACAUAAUGAAUGAGCUCUUUCGUAUGUGUAAAAAGUGUUUCAUAUAUUGAACAUAAACAAAAAUGUGUAACAAGCAUAUUAACACAAUAUUCCCAGCUCUGGGACAAGCUUUGAUACUUACUAAAUAAUUAAUUUUUUUUCAAGAAUUGUGUAUGUUAUAUAUCAUUCAGUUAUCAUGUAUUAUAACUCCAAAGUGAAUUCAUAGAUUCUUCCAAAUAUGUUUUUUCUCCCACCACAAUUUGCCAUUUUUCAUGACAUACACCUGAAGUCUUUGAUGUGAAAUGACCCAUUUUAUAGCAAUAUACUGUGUCUGGAGUUUCUUUUUAAAAUGUAAGCUCUUUUAUACUUUUCUUCUCUCAGAGGAAACUUUUUUGUGUGGAUGUGUGUGUGUGUGUGUAACAGAAUAAACUCAAGUGUGCAAGGUAUACCAUAUUUUCUGCAGUGUGCAUUGCCUAAGGAAGUAUGUUAUGGAUUGGGCUUAUUCAGUUUGUAUACUUUCCUUAACAUAUGUAUCUAUCUGUUGUUUUCAUUUAGCAUUUUCUACGGCAGAAAAAUUGGUGAAUGUAUUUGUUUGCUUAGUGAAUGAGUGAAUGAUGUAUUGUUUAUAUAUUUGGGUUUGUAUUCUGUUAUAGCUAGGCAGUAACAUUUUGUAUACUUUCUGUAUGAAUAGAUAAUACACAGAUUAAGUUGUA